ACGCUAGACUGUUACUAGGGACGAUGGAUGUAUGGUUGUGGAUCUGCGUUUUCAGUUGUUCUGGGAAUGCCAUUUUAAACGCGAAUGCAAAAAUAAGCUAUUUUAACUCAACAACCGCGAGCGACAAUGAAUCAGUUACCGAUAUAAAUGCACUUUUUAAUAACACGAGGCCGGAAGAUGCCUCAACCGCUUCUUUGCCAGUGACACCUGAAACUUUGCCAGACGCAUCAACCACAGGGUAUCCGGGUAUAACCGGACCGCCUGAGGUAGGCACUGAAAUCUUUACGACCACAGACGUAAAUUCGUCACCCGAAACGACCACCACAAUCACGCACACCACUCCUUCGAUUUCUGGGUCCCAACCUUUGCCGCUCUCCGGUUCCCUUCCUCCUCCUGUUACAGACGUUUCCAGACUCUGCCCGUGCAAUUUGCUGGAGGGACAGUGUGACGUCAACUGCUGCUGCGACAGGGAUUGCGUCGGGGACUUCAAACUUUUCACUUCGUGUUCAGUGGAAAAGCUCGUUGCAGACCCACAGUUAUGCAGUCAAGACACUGUCCAGUACUCGCUCAGCACUACUGCAGACGGCUGGGCACGCGUGCAGACCUCUGUCACGCAGGAAGUAAACCCAAACAUCUUGUGCAUACAGAGAGCCAACUACAAGGCAGGGCUGUCCUUCGGUACUCCAGAGGUACCCACUGAUGGGAACUUUGAUGGCCUCUUCCAGCAGUUUGCAGGGUUCUCUUUUGCCUCCAUUGGCGAUGGGGGCACAUUGAACCAAGUGGCCCUGCAAGUCUCACCAGGGUACAUGUAUGCUGAUGUCAUUUGGACACAGGAAGAGAGCGGGGAAAGAGGAUUCUUCCGGCUGCCAGCACCUGCAGGCACUGCCCACUGCUCAGAUGCAAACCCUGCUGCGUUCCUGGAGGACCGGACCACCAGCUGCACACGGCCCUUUCUUUUGGCACAGGACUGCACCACAAUGCCAUCGCUCAGCCUGCAGAUGUACACCAGCUUCAGCAUCUUCUCUGAUAAAACAGAAAACACCACAGUUGCUGUGGAUGUGACCUCCAUCGUGCUGCAGGCCCUGGAUGGCACCAGAACCCUUUUGAACACCACAGAUGGGUCCAGCUUUGGGCCGAUGCUUGGAGAAAACGACUCUGUUUGUAAUAACGUGGUGCUGCAGGCGAGUUACAUUAUCACAUACGGAGAGACGGGGACGAUUGUGAGCACCGCGGCCUCGCUUGUCCUGGGCGCGGUAGACGGAAGCAUGCUGCCGAUUCAGCAGGAGUUUGGGGUCGUGUUUGUGCAGGAGAGUGCAGCACCUGCUGUGCUCCCUUCAAGCGGCAAUCCUGGCUACGUGGUUGGGCUCCCUCUUGUGGCUGGAUCAAGAAUGGCAGAUGGCAUUGUUCGGAGUGCUGACAGGAAUGGCGGCCUGACUCUCCUUCGCUCUGGCGCUCAGCAGGACUGCCUGGGGGCCAUAGGGCCACGCGUCCCUGUCCUGUUUGGGGUGAACAUGGUUUCUGGCUGCACCCUGAGGUUUGAAGAAUCUGCUAACUGCUCGCUGGUGUCAGAGCUGAUUCUCAGGGUGCUGAGAGGAACAGACUUCCCAGGAUACGUUGCCUCUUUUGGGAACUCCCCAGCUAACGCUGUCAUGGAUUGGGUGCAGAUAAAGAGCCAAACCACAUCAACGGACACAAGUUGCAGUGUACCUCUGUCUUUAGACCUUGAGGUGAAAUGGACGAAGUAUGGCUCUCUGGUGAACCCCCAGGCACAGAUAGUGAAUGUCACUGAAGUAAUUCAAACCAACACCAGUAGCCUGAGUUCUCUCUCAGGUGGUGGGGGAAUCCUCUUCAUCUCCACCUCAGUCACCUUUAUUGAUGUGUCGGCCGCCGCCCAGCCAGGAUACAGAGCCGCUCCAACCAUCGAUGCAAAACUGCCCUACGACUUCUUCUUCCCUUUUGUCUGAUGGGGGGCUGGGACAGCAGCCCUAGUGAGUGCCUCCUCACAGGGACAGGGAAACCACCAGUGUUGGGCAACAGAAACACAAUGACUUGCUUGAACCACUUAAAAAAAUGUUUCCUGUCCAGAGUGAAAAACGCACCAGUCUAAAUCAGUGCGGUCACUAAUCGCACAUGAUGAGCCAACCUUUAGGUUGCACGCGAAGCUUCACCUCUUUUACAGGAGGAGUUAACCAGCUCUGGUCCUGGAGGAUCAAACAAACCCAAACACUCCCGAGCUCAUUGAGAAUGAAAAGGCAGGGUACAGGGGCUUUCCAUAGGACUGGGGCUGGGAAACGCCUGACAGUCUGCGAUUUGCAUUCCCUAGCUACGGUCUUUCUCUGCUGAAAUCUGGCCCCACAGUGAAAUGUGGACUGAUCCCAAUUUACCUUCCAUAGAUUACAUAAAAUGAUUGAGAUAAGGAUUAGGGGUAGAGCAGUUGAUCCUAGAUCAGCUAUUGGGAGAUAGAAAGCAGCUAUGGCACCUAAAAAGUUGCUUUGCUUGUUGUAAAGGUACUUUGAAUAUGCUCGAGAUGUCAGGCAUCUUCAAAUGGAUUUAGUUUUACUGACAAGAGUAUCAUGACCAGAACAUAACAUGCCACUGUCCAAAACAGAUUUCAAUAAUCUCUGAUAUUUCUGAGGGAAAACAAAAUAACUGAUUAAUGGAGACUGUGAGCAAGACCUAGUUUCUUAAAAUUCUCACUACUUGGGUAGAAAUUCUGGAAAUUGUC